AUGGAAUAUUAACAACAGCAGUCCUAGGUUGCCAACUAUUAAGACCUUGAAUUGAUUAAUAAGCAAAACACAUUCAAUACUAAUACUGAUACCCCACAAGGAGAAAUUCACAAGAGUAAUGAACAGUAGCCAGAGGCAUGGUGGAGAAGAUUCUUACGACUAGUAUUUGUGUAUGCAUUCGAUCCAUUAGUAAAGGGCAUUUUCUAUGGAUCAGGAUAUCUUGUUGGCAAGGUUUUAUUCAGAUACAAUUGGAUGCUUUUCUAUAAGCAAAUUACUGCCCUAAGAUAGUAGUGA